UGGGGCUGUGAUUUCUCACUCUCCCCCCCCCCUUCUCUCUCUCUCCCUCUCUCAUCGCGAAGCUCUCCGGCGUCCCCAUACAGACUCCAGUCCGAUCAGCCUGGCUCCGGCACCGGCAACGGCAGAUCCACAGAGUCUAAAGCCCAGACUUUCAGCUCCAAGUGCUCUCUCUCGGCCACUCUCCUCCUCAUCUACUCCUCUGCCUCUGCAAAUAGUCUGAAGAUUUUUAGGGGCACAUAGCCACAUACUCAAAUACAUUUUUCUUAUUUAAUCCCCCUUUAUGAUCUUUCGUGUCCGGAAUCACAUUAAAAGAAAUGGCUUCUUAGUUGACUUGUUUGUAUCUUGCACCUUUUCCCAUGCCACCUCUGGAAAUUUGUCUUGCUUUCAUUCUUCAUUGUCGUUUCCUUACCCACUGGACUCUUCCUCCUUAAGGGAAACUCAAAUUGACCGUCAAGAAGAGAGAAGUUCAGAGUUGACUAAAUGUUCAGGCUUUGACAUUCUCACAGCCAAAGUCCGUGCUGCAACUAGCGUAGAUGAAAUAUUUCAUUCACUCAGCCAUGACCGUGUUUGCAAUGCCGUACAGAUUUCUCACAGAAUUGUUGAUAAAUUACUCUAUCGGUUCAAAGAUGAUUGGAAGUCUGCAUUAGGUGUUUUUAAAUGGGUAUCAUCACAUCCUGGCUAUAAGCCCCUACCAGAAUCAUAUGAUAUGUUGGUGGACAUACUGGGUAAAGCAAAACAAAUAGAUAAGAUGAAGGAGUUGGUAGAUGAAAUGCGUCAAACCCAUCUUGUGACGCUUUGCACUGUAGCUAAGGUUAUGCGAAGGCUUGCUGGUGCAGGAGAUUGGAAAGAUGCUGUGAGGACAUUCGAUGACUUGGGAACUUUUGGGUUGGAGAAAAAUACAGAAUCUAUGAACUUGUUGCUUGGCACCCUUUGCAAAGAGAACAAAGUUGAGCAGGCCCGUGCAAUCUUCUUGGAACUCAAAUCACACAUCCCACCAAAUGCUCACACAUUCAACAUUUUCAUUCAUGGUUGGUGCAAAAUCAAUCGGGUUGAUGAGGCUGUCUGGACAAUCCAGGAGAUGAAGGGACAUGGUUGUCGCCCUUGUGUCAUCAGCUACUCAACGAUCAUCCAGUCUUAUUGUCAUCAAUCCAGCUUCCAUAAGGUCUAUGGACUCCUUGAUGAUAUGCAAGUUCAAGGAUGCCCAGCAAAUGUUGUUACUUACACCACUAUCAUGUGUGCACAGGCAAAGUCGGGGGAGUUCGAGGAAGCCUUGCAAAUACCCGUGAGAAUGAAAUCCGCGGGAUGUAUACCUGAUACACUUUUUUACAAUGCCUUGAUUCAUACACUGGGGAGAGCUAACCGAUUACAAGAAGCUGCUUACGUUUUUGAAGUGGAAAUGCCCAAACUUGGUGUCACACCAAAUACAUCUACCUACAAUUCAAUGAUUACGAUGUUUUGCCAUCAUGGUGAACGCCUACAAGCCUUAAAUGUUCUUAGGGAGAUGGAAAAUUCUCCAUUUUGUAAACCCGAUGCUCAGUCAUACUGCCCAUUGCUCAAGUUGUGCUUUAAGACUGGGAAGACAGAUAGCUGGUUGAGCGGCUUGUUGGAUGACAUGGUUAAUAAACAUCACAUUAGUCUUGAUAUCUCAACUUACACACUUUUGAUUCAUGGGCUUUGUAGAGCUAACAAAUGUGAAUGGGCAUACCUCCUAUUCAAGGAAAUGAUAGAUCAAGACAUAACACCAAGAUAUCAGACAUGUCGGUUGCUUUUGGAUGAAAUCAAGCAGAAGAAUAUGUAUGAUGCGGUUGAGAUGAUAGAAGCCUUCAUAAAGCAAAUGAAAUCCAGUUGAGGUGAUUGUAUUAAUAUUUCUAACAUUUCAAAUGACAACUUCAUGCUCUUUCGUUCAUACCAUGAUGAUGAAGAUCAUGGAAAGAAAAAAAAGAACAAAUUUGAAAUUUUAUAUGAAGCACAUCUAGGAUAUCAAGAAUUAAAGAUUUGGAAUAAUUUUGAGUCUUUAUGUCAUUAUAGGGGUUACCCAUGGAUUUUAUUUUGGGUCAAGUUAUUAAAUGGGUUAUUAUAUAUAAGUUUUAUUAUGUAUAAAAUAAUCUUAGUGGUUAAAA